AUGCCGCCUCAACUAUUACCCGCCUCGGCCGCCGCCUUUGCGCCUCGGGCCUCAUCCGUCAAUGUCGUGCUUGGCUCUAAGGUCGAACCAUGGCUCACCCAGACGCUCAAGCGCAUCAACAAGAUCAAGCGCCCGCUCAACAGUGUUCCUCAGCACCAGCGCUGCCUGACUGAGACAUUAUCCUCGCCGAACGCCAUCUGGACAUUAGCCUCGUUGUUGCUGCCCAAGGCGCCCGACUCGGAGCUGAUCAAGGAUGAAAACCCGCUGCGCGAAGCCUUUAAUAACUACCAGAUGAUUCAUCUCGAGGCCUAUGUCGUUCACGUCGAUAUGGUCCUGCGCAACGAAGUCGCCUACAAGCUCACACCAGAGACGAUCGAGGCCCUGAUCAAGUACCACAAGGAUGUGCACUGCCCAAAUGCUAAGGCUAGUGUCCCGGACUGGCCAGAGAAGGAGCAGCAGGCAAAGAAGCUUCACGACGACUUCAUCCAGGCCAUUAAUAAGUUCGUCUUCCGCACUCAUGUCUCCGCCCUCGAGGGUCUUGAGGAGGAUGGUGCUGGCGAACUGUUGGCCGGCCGCAGUGAGGACGUCAAAAACGCUGUUCUCGCCCUCAUGAAGCCCCUUGUCCCUCCGCCCCCAAGAAUCGUCGAUGUUGUGCGCCAGCCGCCCUUGCUGCCCUCUUCCCCGGGCGUCUGGACACAGGCUCCUCCGCCUCCUGCUAUGCCUGCCCCCGUCGAGUCCUGGAAGAUCCUGCCCUCCAGCCCAGCCUCCACUACAUCAGUCGACUCCACGGCGACUCCCUUAUGGGCCGUCGACGUGACCAUGCCAUCGCCCCCUCCGCCCCAGCCGACAUCGGCCUUCACCACCGAGCCCUUCACUACUGCUGGUCUUUACGCGCUGUGCUCGCCGCUGGUGACGGCCUCAAUUCCGCCGGUGACUGCUUCGCUGCCGCCUACCUUGCCGAGCACCAUGCUUGCGCCGACGUGUGGUGUCAGUCUCGGAUACCACACCUUUGGAUGGGACAGCAGGUUCCCCUCGGAGUACGCGGCAACCACGAUGUGA